AUGUUACGUUACAUCUGCUCCUCACUUCAUCUGUCACCCUGGUGUUGUGCACUACUCGUUGCUGACGACAAUCCCCGCCGUAGGAAAGCAUCUUCUGGCUUCGUACAGCUACUUGGCUUGCUUCGUCCGACAACAACUGUAAUUCACUGUCCUCAUUUACUGCUGUUAUUUCUCAUGGGCCCCAGCAGUUCCAGCAGGAAGGGCAAUCUUUCAGCUCCCUCGGAAGCCAUAUCCGUUCAUGUUCUGAUUCGGCAGGGUCUAACUGCCCGUGCCCUCAAAGCCUUGGAGAAUGGUGCCAACCCAAAUGCAACCGACGAAGAAAAUCAAACACUCAUCUGCACGGCAAUUUCGUGCGGCAAUGGAGAUGUCUUGAAGCAGCUGCUCCAGCUUGGGGCAGACAUGUCCGUCACUCCGCGCCAAGAUGGCAAUCGUGUUCGGGGACGAAGCCUGAUCUCUAUUUCAAUCACACUACUCCUUGUCGCCUUACAGUUUCGACUGCCUGCUGACCUCCUCGAGGCGUUCAAAUUCACCAUCUUCAGUAUCCCUGUAGAGAUAUUAAUCUGGUCAAUCCUGACAUCCACAGACAUUCAUCUAGACAAGCGCGUCAUUUGGUGCAUCAUGAUCAUCUACCUCCCACUUUCCUUUAUCUCGUAUUUCUUCUCUGCUCCUCUUCAAGCUUUCGCCUUUGCGCUGCUACAUUCACAGUCGCUAUUCGCCUAUGUCUUUCGGCGCCUUCUCCUUUAUGCAGCACAACUUGUGACAGGUCGUCCUACGCGUAUGCAACUCCCUCGUGCCCCAGGAGUGGAGGCCGUAAUGGCGACCAUCGGAUAUAAAGGCGAAGCACAGGGCAUGAUGAAGCUCCUCCUCGAAAAUGGUCUUGACGUUGGAAGUCCUCAACAAAAAGGGAGCUUAUUCCAGAUCAUAUGGAUGUGGGCCAUACGUCGCGGACACGCGGAGAUCGUAGCCAUUCUUUCAUCUCGACCAGAUAUUCCAUCCCCUUUAUUCAUCAGUUUCGAUGAACCCGAACCACUCAACGUCCUUUCCUACGUUGCGCACAAAGGUUAUUCGAACCUUCUUCGCGUCUUACUCAAUGCGCACGGCUACGACACCACGGCCAAAAGCGCUGCUUUGUUGGCCUGUCUGAGCCACAUCAUGAUGAAUACAAGUCGAUGCGUCGCAACUAUAACCACCCUUCUUCAAUAUGGGAUUGGCACAGGCAUAUCCGUUGGGCGCCACGAAGGUCGUUCAGCAUUGUCUUGGGCAUGCCAUUUUGAAGAUUGCCACAUCCAGUUGGUCCCACUUCUUCUGCAGCACGGUGCUGGGGCAACAGUAAACAGCAGUGAUAGUGAUGGAAAAGCUGCUCUGCACCGCGCAGUGUGGUGGAACGGAGAGAACUCGACGGCGACUAUCGACCUACUCCUGGACGCAGGAGCAGAUAUCAACAUUCUCGAUGCCUCUGGCCAUACUCCUUUAUGGGAGGCUGCCUCGAAGUCAGUCCCACCUGUGAUCGCUCAUCUCCUCAAACGCGGCGCGAAAGUGGAUUUUAGGUCGCCAGAAAGCACCACUCCGCUCAUGGAGGCUUGUCUCCAUAACAGCACCGUAGCUGUCGCUAUUCUUCUUGCUGACGGUGCAGAUCCCAAUGCCAGCGCACCUGAUGACACCCCACUUGCCUCUGCCGUCAGACAACAGUAUUACCAGGCCAUCAACGACGAUCUCGUUUAUAUGCUCCUGCAAGCUGGUGCAUGCCCCAUUGUCCCUCUUUCAGAUCAAUUUCAGCUGAUGCAACAACCAUUGGUUCAGUGCAUACACAGUACGUGCCAGGAUGGAGAGUGGCUGCUUGAGUUGCUCGAAGCGGCUCGCGCAAGUGGCCCGAUACCCCUAGAAAUCCUGAAUUGUGCCAUCCAGCAAAUGCUCCAGUAUGUCCCUUAUAUGCACCUUGACGGACUGUUGGCUCUUCUUCAAGCAGGCGGCGACCCCAGCACCCAAAGCUUACAACCCUUGGCCGCUGAAGGCGGCACUGUGAUGCAUUUCGCUGUCCGAAAUUACCCUCAUCACCGGGGAGAUGUCAGGAAAAUUCUUCGACUUCUUGUCAAUUCGCCCUUUCUUCUGCGAAGCCCGACGAAUUUGUUGUUUGACCGCGAUAAUCUGGGUGAUACUUUGCUGCAUGCAGCUGCCUAUUCAGGCAACACAACUGCAAUGAAAGAACUCAUGUCCAUCGCCGACUCCUUCAACCUGCUUCAAAAGUAUGUCAAUGCCGCCGACUCAUCCGGAUACACGCCUUUGGCAGUAGCAUGCCAAGUCCCGCCGACAUCCCCGACAGGGUACACAAAGCUGGACACUCACUCUGAUUUGGAUGGACCUGAAUUCUUCGGUGGCCGUUUGCGUGAUGGUAUUCGGGCAGGUAUCAUCGGCCACCGGUUUGAACAGGCCCAAUACAGUAUGGAUACAGAAGACAAUGUCUACCUCCUGCUGGAGGCGGGAUCAAAUCCAUUCGCCAUAUCUAAUGAUGGCUUGAUCCCUUUGCAUCUGGCUUGUCAAGCAGGAAAUCCAAUUAUUGCUGGGGUGCUGCUCCAGAACAGGAAGAGAUUUCAGUCCGGCGCCCAACUCGGGUUCUCGUACACAAUGCGUUCACUUCUUACUGUCAACGACAAGCAAGGAAGGACACCACUACACUUUGCUGCUCAAUCGGGGAGUGCAGAACUUGUACGAAUGGUCCUUGCGGCUAACGUUCUGCGAGUAUUCAACGGUAGGGAGGUAACGCCUGACGAGGGCACUAUAUGGCCAUCUCAUGCUGCGUCGGAGACCGAGAUUCUACUCGCCAAAGAUGAAUCAGGAUACACACCACUUCAUUAUGCCAUCAAAACAGGGCACGUCGAUGUCGUCAAAGUAUUUUUCAACGAAGUCGAAGGCUUUGAGUGGAAUCUCGAUCCCGGCCCCGAUGAUGGUGUAAGCUUCGAACCCGACAAAGCCGCGGACUUUGCAAGGAUUCAAAUCCCAUCCGCUGAAGUGCAACUUGGACGAACGUAG